CAAGUUUCCGUCCAAGUUCAAUUGCCCUGAAAAUUGGAGAACCUACUGUCUGUGCGCUCGUGUGUACAUAUAUAUAUCGCUCCAGGUUGAAUCGCUAUUGUAAUUUGGCUGUGGUGAUACCUCAUCCCUUUGUUUGUGCUUGUUGGUUGCCACUUUCCAGGCAAGGGGUGUCCUGACAACACUGCACAAUGGCCGCACCGACGCCGAUCCAGAAAUCAGAGGACGAAUGGAGGGCCAUCCUCUCCCCGGAGCAGUUUAGGAUUCUUCGUCAGAAGGGAACUGAAUUGAGGGGCACCGGAGAAUAUAACAAGUUUUAUGAAGAAGGAAUUUACAAUUGUACUGGCUGUGGGACUCCUCUUUACAAGUCUGCUACCAAAUUUGAUUCUGGUUGUGGUUGGCCUGCCUUCUUUGAGGGUCUUCCUGGUGCCAUAAAUCGCACACCUGACCCUGAUGGAAGGAGGACUGAGAUAACAUGUGCAGCCUGUGGCGGUCACUUGGGUCAUGUUUUUAAAGGAGAAGGGUUCAAGACACCCACUGAUGAACGACAUUGUGUCAACAGUGUCUCUAUCAAAUUUGGUCCGGCAAAUGCUUCUGGUUCGCUGUAAAACUACCAAUUUAUCGGUAGAUCUAAAUAAAAUAAAUGUAUGUGUAUUUGGGGCUUCGGGCUUCUGCAGUAUGAGACUGAGCCGUAGAGCGGGACUGAUAAUUGUGCUACUUGAUGCCAAUAAAUGCACUUUCUUUGUUCCAAG